AUGGCCACUGACCCCAGCGGAGGUGGUAAGCCCAGUCUUCUGAGUAUUUUACCGGAUCUAACAGCGGAGUUUCUGAAAGAAAUUACAGAUGGAUUCUCCGCUGAGCGAAAGCUGGGGGAAGGCGCAUUUGGAACUGUUUACAAGGGGUUUCUGCAAGAUGGGCAAGCCAUUGCUGUGAAGACGCUCUCAGAUAAUUCCCCAGUGACACCUGACAAACAGUUUCGGAAUGAGGUUGGGAAUCUUAGGGCCAUCCAGCAUGAGAAUAUAGUGAGGUUAUCUGGCUACUGCUAUGAAGUGCAGAGGAAAGUGAUCGAGCACAAUGGAACACACAUUCGUGUGGAGGUGUCUGAGCGCUUCCUCUGCUACGAAUUGAAGAUGUUUGGGAAAAUUUCUGGAGUCACACUCUAUAUCCUGAGUCUGAGUACAUAUACACAUAUACAUAUGGGUCUCUUGGGCAUAAUCUAA